AUGUGCCUACUUCAUGGCCAUCACAAUCAUCAAGAAAAACCAAAUGUGCCCUUUCAUAGGACUCAUCCCUAUCCACACUCAGAACACGAAGAGCCUGGUGAUGCAUUGGUAUGUGUUUGGGAUAAGGUGCUGUGGGAAAUAUUAGGAUAUUUAUCUUGUAUGUAUGCCACUGCAUUGUACCAAACACCUCCAGGUAUCCACCGCCAUGGAACUCUUCCUCGAAAUAAAAACUCUUCCAGCGGCAUCUGGGAGUCGUGGAUCUCUCUUCGCCACAACCGGCGUUCAGUUGUCCAGUUACUUCAAACUCCGAAACGCGACAGUCGGGAAGCUCCUUGA